CCAUGUUAUCCGUAUAUCAAAGACAUUGAGAAGUAGGUGGGAGAAGGCCCAAACGACGGCCAUUACUGAGUGUAGCCUCCCGCUUAUGGAUUCCUAUCAUCGUUGUUCUGGGGCAAUCUGGCAACCUGUGUGUAAUGACAAUAAUAUUAUCAUCAAAAUGACAAUGGCCUCAGUACUAGUCUAGACUAGAGCGCAGGUACAAUGAUUUGAUGCUCAGCAUUGAUAUGGUUUCAUGGCGCACAGGAUAAUGAUCACAGUUACAUGGCGUCUGUACGCGCUGUGUGGCAGGUUUGCUUGGUGAAAAAUGACAAUGAAAUCGAGCUGUUUAGCAAUCCACGACAAAAUUGAUGGACGAAGUUAGUAGAUCACCAUCUAGCUUGGCCACUCGGCGUGCACCAAGGCCCUGCGAAGAGAGUUCAAGCCGGAGUGUUGGCCCCAUGCUCAGAUGCUCCUCCAAUACGCCUUUGUACCAGCUGCAUAAUCCUGUAUCCACGAGAUGGCUCCAUGUUUUAACUAGCCCGGCGUCGGAAGCAAACAACACACUGGUCAUGGCGACAAUAGGAUCUACUAAGGCCAGCCGUCCUGAAAAUGUUCCAAGAUUUUAUAGGGAUGCCAACAUCCUGGCGUUUGAUGAUCUUAGUCACUGGCAGUGGCUGAUGUUGUUGGGGGUUUCAGGUCCUGCUGCAGAUGACGAGUGUCUUCUGCUAAAGUUUGAAGCACCAACCCUUCGUUACUCGCAGGAAGAUCCACUACGUGUCUAUAGUGGAAGUCCAGGGUGGCCGUGCGUGUUGGCUGCAGGAGAGCAGCCCUAUAUUCAGUUUGAUUUGCCUCUUCAGGAACAGAGGUCCAUGUUUACAAUAACGCCAGCUGGAGAUGGUUCCUUGAAGUUGAAGGGUUCAACACAUCCGUUCUUGAUGGCUGCGACCAUGAAGAAACGAGCUGCCAUGAUUGAUGUGGGAGAAAUCACUGGCGAGCUGACAUGCUGAGGGUACCAUUAUGUGCCACUGAAUAGGCCGAAUAUACGUAGAUCUACGUGAUGACGUUACCGUGGAGCAACGACUCUACCGUACAGGACUUGAGGUUGAAAUGUUUGCGAUAUUGAGUUCAUGGACAGUGUGAAUAUUAUAAUAUAUAGCUCGUCGAGAUUCCUUAUUGGUGACAACCCAUGACAUACAUAUACACAAAGCUACCAAGCUUAAACCCUCAUCUACAGCAGCGGGGAUUACCUUAUUUCACCGGAUAUAAGUCGCACUUUAGAAGGGGAUUCGAUUUACAAUCGGAUGUACAUCCUACUUAUGCGAAUCAAUUGAAAUAAUUUCGCACGAAGUGGGAGUACGACUUUUAAUCAAGUUCGACUUAUAGUAAGGGAAAUACGGUAGCUUGUCUCCUUCUUGGAGUUGGAAGAGUGCGUCUUUGCUGGGCGUACUCUCGCAACCCACCCCUAUCAUAUCAUUCCAAUUGAUUUUCCUUUGGUCUUCCGUUUGAGGAUAACACGCUUCAUACCAGCUGUCUCUGCACUACCAGCAUCACAGCACCUAACUACUGACCUAAUACUGUGCCACCGUCCUUUAUUUUCUUUGCUUUCCUACAAAAAACUAACUAACUGCCAUCACUAUGUUCUGCAUGAUUAAGAUUUUACUGUUUAUUUUCUUUUGCCAACAGUUCGCUAGCAUGUACAUAAGUCAGUUACGCGCAAGACUUGAUAGUAAUCCUGUGCCAGACCAGUGCGCCUGGAGGCAGAGAAUUCAUUUAAACUGCUGAAUUGACUGUCAAGAGCUUUCUUUUUAGCAUAAUCCCGUGUUCAAUAGCUGCUGAAAUCUGGUUUCCGAUAAUUACAUGUACUUAAUUUUUCAUUCCCGUAGCUAUGCAGAAGACGUUACUUCAGUAACGUUUGGCGCUAGCCAGGGUUCACACAGCUUUAA